UGCACAGAAGUUCACUUGAACCACAGCAGCCCAACCAGUGACUUCCCCAGCUAUGGUGAAAGUGGAAAUGAUACCAGUUUACUUGUUUCACCCCUUCUGGUGGCUGGAGUAGUGAUCGGACUUGUGCUAUUUCUAUCCUGUGUCACAAUCAUUGUUGGCAGUCUGCGAAAGGAUGGACGGUUAAGACACCCACAUCUGAGGAGGGAGGCUGUUUAUGCUCCAGAUGUCUUCUCUUAUGGUGGCUCUUUUGGAGAGCUGAGAUCCACCUGCAUGGAGGAGUUUCCCCCAGCAUUUGAUUUUGGUUCCUAUCUGGAUACACUUUCUCAGGUCAACAUCAUAUAUCCCGAUUCUCCUCCGUGCUACGAUGAAUGCGUGGGGCCAGGAGCAACACAAAUAUAUAUCCCCACAGAUGAUCCCCCUCCAUACUCUCUUAUGGACCCUUGUCAAAGGAAUGAACUAUCUAUAAACAUUAGCCUGGAGGAGGAAGCAGCAUCUGGGACUACGGGACAGGCUGCAAAUUAUGCAGUCAGGCUGCAGGACUUGCAGCAGCCCAUCUCAUCCAUCUCUCUGUCGUCUCUCACUCUGGAGGCUGCUCCCCUAUACGAGACAGUCGUGUGUGAACAGAAUAUCCCCAUCCCACUUGUUCCAGUGGAAGUACUGAAAAAUUCUUCCACUGACUAUCAGACUCUUCCGAAUCAAAUCAUGUGA